CUGGGGCCCGUUAAUCCUCUUUAUGCUAUCAAAAGAAAGACAGGAGUGCAACUCAAAGGGAGAACACGUGACCUCUUUUAAACUAUUUUGUAACAAACCUUGCUUUUCCUAUUUCAGUUUGGUUGGGUCGGCCAUGACAGAAUGCGAUCCUUUGGGCAGAAGGUGUGGCCGCUUUUGGUGGCAUUGGCCUUCAGAGGUGGUUUUUCUUGCCACCCUCCUACCGUCCACGUACCCAUGCUUCCUCACUGUCUGAGGACUGCUUAAGGAAGGGCCACUUCCUCCUUAAGGGAGACGUCUUCUCUCACUUAACAUUGCAAAGAAAUGAAUAGAAAGCUCACCCCAAAUAAUAAAGACCUCGAGUUACUCGUAAGAUAUGAAUUAAUCUUAGAAGGGGGUGAGCAGGAUACUGUUAGGUAAGCUUUGGGUGGAUGGAGGGAUAAGGAUUGGGAGGGAGCAGAGGGUGUGGCACUCUUAUCCCACAAAGAAACCCUUUUUGAAAAUUUUCCCAGACCAAGAUUCUACUACAAUAGUCCUCAACUUGGGAAGAACAUGUGUUUGGGCUUUGUUUUUAUUAUUGCAAGCUUCAUCUGUCUUCUUGAAUGACAAGUUGUUAAAUAACACCUUCUUCAUAAGAACAUUUCUGCUUCAUGAGACAUAUCUCCUACACCUCUCAUAUUGUAUAUUAAGAAGGGGGAAGGGUUAAAAACCAGAAAAGAAAGUCAUAUUGGUAAGGCAUGAAAUCCUUUUGACACCUUUUGGUUACAUUUGUGCUUCUUACUAUGUAACUUAGCUGCCUGGGAGUGAGUGUUUGUCCUCCAUCAUUCUCUUUAUAAUACACCAUAAAUAAGGAACUAAAAAUUUAAAAACAGAAAAAAGUUCUAGUAGAUUCUGGCUUCCCUGGGAAAAGUGAAGGAGACAAAGAUGAAUCUAUGACUUGCCUCAUUCAUCUCUCUCUCUCUCUCUCUCUCUCUCUCUUUUUAAACUGGGAAAACCUCUAGCUUUUCACCUGGUUUCACCUGGCCUUUGAAUCAUUACUGAUAAAACUCCAUUCUCAACCAACUUCUCACACUUCUGUUUUCAAUGACGGUGCAGUCAGGACAUUCAUUCUAAGGCUCUUAGUGGAUGAGUGACCAUGAAUUUAGCAACCUCUUUCGAAACAUAAAGUGCCAACUCUGGUUUUAGGUCUUAAACUGGGGAAUUUUGCUGGGAGGCACACCCUAUAUCAAAGAGGCUUGGACUUGGGAUUUAUUUGUGCCUCCAUCCACGACAAUGCCAGAUUCAUUGGGUCAGCCAAGAAGAACAGGCUCUUAGUCUCUUCUCUGUCCCUUUAGAAUCUUUCACCAAUGAUGCUUUUGUUUCCAAACGUCAUAGAUAUGCCUCUGACUGGUAUUUUCUUGCCUUUUAAAAACAGACCAAAAAAAUCACUAUCAAAGAAUGAUGCGCAUUAGAAAGGCAAUUCACGCACAGUAAUAUUAUCAGAGUAAGAUCAGCUUGGACAGGGAAUCUGGGGUGUGAGUCUGACAAUACUGGGCACUGGACCUGUAAGCUUUUUUGGCCCUCAUAUGAUAGUAACAUCAUUUAGAACUGGAAGUAUCUUAAAAGAUCAAAUAAUUUUUAUAACUCACACAGUAAGCUUCCUGUUCAGCUAGAAAUGCCAAGUCAAAGCAAUGUAAAUUCACUUACAAAAGUUUUAAAUAUUCUUUCUAAGCCUCAUGAAAAUAUUGCUUAUAUAUAACUGGUGGUGUAAUUUUAUAGAUCUGUUAUUGGCUGAUCAAUGAAUAAUAAAGACUGGCCUUUGUGCUACAAUGACUCAUUUCAAACACUUUAUAACAUGAUCUGGUCAAAUCUAGGAUGGUCAAACACAGCUGUUCCUUUAUGACCUAGAAUGAAAAAAAGAUCUAAGUAGAAGAUGUUUAUCAGAGUGUUGCUUUUAAUAAUGAAAAAUUGGAAAACAUAAUGUAUAAUAGUAAUAGUAGCUAACAUUUACUGAAUGCUUAUUAUAUGACAGACACUUGUCAGUACUUUUCACAGAUUACAAUACUAUUUUUUAUUCUAUUAUACAGCUGAGAAAGCUCAAGUGCAGAGUAAAUUUCGGUACAUAGGUAGAAUGAAAUAUACCAUAGAGCUGUUACAACUUUGGAUGUACAUGUAGAGCUUUCUUUAGAAACGCUGAAAUACAUAAUUUUACAGUGGAUUUUUUUUUAAGGGGGGAAGGGGCAGAUGGAGAGAGAGAAUCCUAAGCAGGCUUCACACACAGCUCAGAGCCCAGCACGAGUCUUAGUCUUACAACUGUGAGAUCAUAACCUGAACGGAAACCAAGAGUCGGACACCUAACUGACUGACUGAGCCAAUCAGGCACCCCUACACUGGAUUUUUUUAAAAACAGUUUCUGGAACAGUUCGAAUCCAUUUAUGUAAAAUUGUAUUCAUGUGUCUAUUUUUUUUUAAUUUUUUUAACGUUUAUUUAUUAUUGAGAGACAGAGAGAGACAGAGCAUGAGCAUGGGAGGGGCAGAGAGAGGAGGAGACACAGAAUCCGAAGGAGGCUUCAGGCUCUGAGCUGUUAGCACAGAGCCCGACGUGGGGCUUGAACUCACAAACCCAGCGAGAUCAUGACCUGAGCUGAAGUCAGCCACUCAACCGACUGAGCCCCCCAGGCGCCCCUCAUGUGUCUAUUUUUUAUAGAUGUGUCUAGAAGAAUGUUAACCAAAAUGUUAAGAUUGUAAGACCUUGAAUAGUGCUUAUUUCUUUUUGUACUUUUAUGUAUGGUUUGGAUUUUUAAAGUGAAAUGUAUAUCAAUUUAAUGAAAAGUAAAAUAUUUUAAGAAAAAUUGUGUUUUUUAACAAAACUGAAAUAUUUUCCUUUCAUUGAAGCAUAUGGGACAAUGUAAAUGAGUUUAAAGUAGCACAGGUUUUCAAAAAUGUCUCUAUUUAAUUCAGAUUGAGCAUCUUUGUGUAGGCAAAACUUCCAUUCUACAUCAGUGUUCUCCAGACAUCUUAGGAAAUCACCUGGGACACUGAUGAGACUUCUGGUUCUAGAGCACCUGAAUCAGGCUCUUGGAAGAGAUUAGUUUUUAAUGGAAGAAUCCAAUUUUUGAGCCCCUCAAGAGCACCGAGUUGGAAAUAAGUACAGCAUAUCACUGCAUUGCAGUAGUGUGAUGGUUCUGAGUAUUUCAUAAAAUUUGUACAAAGGCUAUAUAGCAAUAUUUUAUUCAGAGUUGCAGUUGCUUUCUGGUUUCUGCAAUUUCAUCUCACGUGGACAAGUUUUGGGACUAGACGUUUCUGGGCCAUUAUGGAUUUCUCCCUCUGCCCCUGCAGGCCAGUUUCUAUCUCUCCGUUUCAAAAUACUUGGCUCCAAGAAGUUCUGGGUUUCCAGACUGAAUGUUUAUGCAAUCACCAAAAAAAUUAUUUUAAAAAUUCUAAAGCAUGCUUCUAUAUUGGAACUUAUAGAUUCUUUCAAAUACAACUUUGAUCUUCACUUGAACAUCAUUGGACACCAAAUGGAUUAAACAAUUGUGGAUUGUUCUAUUAUCCCUGCAGGAUACAUGAGAACUUUAAGGAAUUAUAUAUCACACGAAAGAAGCAUUUAAUGUGACUGAAAUCCAUGGAGGUUAGAAGGUUAGAAAGCUGACUUUCUGGUUUAUAUCCCCAGGGCAUCAACUAAUUACAACAGCUAUGGAAUCUUGUGGGGAAAUAGAGAGUGAUCUUUUGCUCCUUUGCUGUCCUUUGCUUUGCCAUUAAAAAAUCUCUCUUCCCUCUCCCCUCAGAACAGAUGGAACAGUCUGAUCAUCUGCAUGUAAGCAAUUGAAACUUGCUUUCUAUGAGAAGUUCAGUAGAAUAAAGUAUUUAUCAUUUUCCGUGUAGUUUAUGUGGCUUAUGAAAGAUUAGGAGUUAAUCCAUGAUAUAUAAUGUUUGUUUGGGAGAAAGUGACACGUUUUGUUUUUAAAGUUAUUCAGACUUAUGAAUAUUUUCAUCUUAUUAUUGAUUCUUAAAUUUUAUGUUUCUAAAAAUCAAAGGAUAUGUGAUCAGCUAUAAUUAUGAAAUAGGUGGAGAGAUGGAAUUCAAAGAAUAUUAACAUUUUUCUGUCAAGUAAGUGAAUGAGUCAUUGUGCAAAAGGUAUGAAAGAAACCUAGAUCACUGGAUAGAAAAAGUUUCAUCUUUUCCCCUUCUUUUUCUUCUUCUUCUUUUUGAAAAGAGCAGAACAGUACAUUAUGCCAAAAGCUGAUUUUCACUUAUACUUUGCAUAAAAAUGGAUACACAAAAGCAAGAAGAAUUUUAUGCUUUGAACUAAUUUGUCAUUUUGGACAUCAUCACAGGAUAUGGAACCCACAAUCUUCACAAAAGUAAGAGGCCAUUUUUGCUGCCUUUAGUAUCUUUUUGAAUGUUUUGGUCUUGCAAUUGAAGUAAUUUUAUUAAUAUUUAGACCCGCGUUGGUCUCUGUGCUGACAGCUCAGAGACUGGAGCCUGCUUCAGAUUCUGUGUCUCCCUCUGUCUCUGCUCAUGCUCUGUCUCUCUCUCUCUCAAAAAUAAACAUAGAAAGAAAGAAAGAAAGAAAGAAAGAAAGAAAGAAAGAAAGAAAGAAAGAAAGAAAGAAAGAAAAAGAAAUUUAAAACCAUUUCAUCAUUUCCCGAAUGCACAUUUCUUGGCAACUACUUCUGCUUCAAAGACACUAUGCCUUCAUGUAUAUGCUUCACAAAAAAGUCUCCUUUAUAACAUGCAAACACGAAUAUCAGAAAACAGAUUAAACAGUCCCCGUUUUGAACUUCUUCACAAUUUCCACUGUAAUGCUUUUCAUUUAUGCUUUUUUAAAGAAAGCUUAUGGCUGGACUUUUUUGGUGGGGGUGGGGGGUCUGGAGGAAGCCUAGCUCCAAGAAAUGACCAGGACCCACAUUCAGUGUUUUCAAAAUCACUGUAAAAUUAAAAUUGUUUUUUUUUCUUUUUCAGUUUCAUUUACUUUCACGUUUUGUUUUGUGCACAAACCAGUGCACAAACUGGUUUUCUAGUGAACCUGAAUACUAGAGUGUAAAUUCAAAGGGAAAAAAAAUGACUGAAAAGAAAUCGCAGUCACAGGUUCCUUUAAAGCUAUACAGAAGUGCCUUACAAAAACAUGUCUUGUUUCUGGUGAAAUGGAUCCUUCUUUAUCUGACGUCAAGUGACUAAAUUAUUGUUUUCCUGAGAAAGACUCUUGGCUAGGAUUUCCAUUUGUCUUUAUAUUUACUUAGUGAGAGGUGUCUGUGACUAUUCACUUUCACAAAACGAAGAAAAGCAGAGGAGAGAAUCCACAUCUUCAAGAGGCUAAAGGACAGAGUAUCGAAAUGGCCUGGAAAAUGUUCAAAAUUAACGUCAGAAAGUCAAAUGUUCACCUAGGGCUCAGCCGGGGAGAAAUGAAAGAAAAAUCAAUAUGCAGCCAAAGAAUGGCUUCAUUUUUCUAGAAGGUGACCCUCCAAGAGAGUCCCUCAGCAACAGCCCCCGAGUUCCAGAAACUGUCCAGAAGCCUGAUGGUCAGCUUCAGCAUCUGUGUGGGACUCAGGCUUCUUGCCCAGUCUUUAUACCAGCAAAAUGCAUGCGGCAGUGGUGGUAACCAGCGUGACACUGCUCCUGAGCGUGGUGCGGGCCUCUCACUCUCUCUGCUCACCCACCAUUUUUUACAGAGACUGCUGGAUCCGUCGCUUUCCGGGUCUUCUGAUUGACCUGGAGGAGUCUCAGAAGCUGGGAGCUCAGUUCCUGAAGUAUUACUCUGAAGGCACUGGCCAGAAAUGCAGCAGGAGCUGCUGCCUUAGGAAGGAUGUUUCCUGUAACGUGGCUGUCUUCUACCAUGAUCCUAUUCACGACAAUGUCAACUGCCUCCAUAUUCACUGCCCAACAUUGGAGAGCUGUGUACUAGAGCCUGGAACCAGUGCCAUUUUAUACAACAUAACAGAAGGUAUAGAUCCAGAUUUGCUGGUUUUUGAACAGUCACCUCCCGCAUAUCUAAAUACCCGUUCUUCAUCUAACACAGGGGACAGACUAAGGAUUCUAAAAGCUGCAAAUUUAGGUAAACAACAAAGCACCAUGAUAAACCCAAAGCUACCAUCAGUAGAGGCACCAUCAUCAAGCACACAUCGAGAUUUGGUUGUAAACACAAACAAGACCAGGUCUUCCAGGGAAUUAACCACAGAUUCUCGGGCAAGCUUCAUUUCCCUGAAUGACUCCAUGACCACAGAGGCAAAUAUGGUGUCACGCAGUACUGAUUUCAUCAACAAUCCAGAUAACAAGACCGUUUCUCCUUUCUUUAUGCCAGUAGACACAAAACUUUUUCAUAGGCCUAUUCCAUCCAGACUCAACAGUAGCAAACAAUUACUGAACAAAACCAAGGGGUACAACAGCAGAAACCACACAUCUGAGAAUGAAGACGUGACACCUGAUGGGGCAUCUGUGACUCCAAAUAUGUGGCUGGCUCCAGUGGCCCUCUGUACCUCUGUCAUCUUUCUUUGCUGUUGUAUAAUCAUCCUGGCAUCUGGAUGCUGUAGAAAGCAGAGCCAGUCUAAACCAGGACAGAGAAACGUCAGGAUCCAGGCAAAUUAAAAAAUAAAUAAAUAAAUAACACUCCGAAGGAGAACUCUUGAUAGUAAAAGUUACAGGGAGAUUGUAAGCUUUCAAGAGUAUCAUUUUUAUUUUCUGUAAGACAAGGGCAGUUUGGUUAAAAAAAAAAAAAAAAAAAAAAAAAACAAUUGCACAGGAUGCCCACCCCUACCAAUCUCUAAAAAAAGGCCAAUGGUUGAUAAACUUAACUGCUUUUUAAAUUAUUUCCAUUUUUUGAAGUGUACCUUUUGCCAAAGUUCCAAAAUUCUGACCCCUGCAGUUAUUCAGCACUGCAUGAGAGAGAUGGUUCUAAGUGCUAUGCAUGUAUUCACUCAUUGAUUUCUUAUAACUUUAUGAGUUAGGUAUGCUUUUAUUAACGAUUAUAGUAUUAUUGUCACAUUUUACAGAUGAGGAAAAUGAGAAGAGAGGCUAACUAUACUGCCUAAAGUCACACACCUAGUAAGUAGUGAAGCCAGGACUUAAAAGACAAUCUGGUUCAAAAGUUCAUGCUUGAAAUCACUCUCAGACUAAAAGCCUCCAUUUUCCCAAAGUGCGUGGAAAAAAGAUACAGAGAGGAGAGUACCAUAUAUGUCUACUGUCAGGGUCAAAUUAGUGUCAUCUAUGUUAAUAAAAUCUUGUAGUGGUUUGAACAGAAGAGCAUUAUUAUUAGUUACUAGCCCAUGUGCAAAUGCUUCCUAUUUUUAUAUAGGAAGGAUUUACUGUUCAAUUGAUUAAUUCUUUUUAAUCCUAAUUCAUCUUCAUUUUCUGAAGCUGACAUGGCUUUAAAUAACCUUGGCACUGGAAUCUUUGAGUUUUGUGUUGAUCUCUGUUGGAUAAAGCACAGGAGUUUUAGUUUACAUCCCUCACUUGUUUCUUAUACAUUGUUUCCCCAGGUACAAAUAUUAGCUGUAGAUAUUUCAGCUCUGUCCAAAUUUUACACCUGAUUUACCUCCCUAAAUCUUACAUUCAGACUCCUAAAUGCAGACACCUUUAAUCCAAGUCUCCACUGAUUUUAAACUUUAGGUCCUUAAUCUCAUUCCUGAAAUUCUUCCUAAAUGUGAGGACAGAUACUAAGACAGCCAAUAAGCAUGAAGAAUAGAUAAGAGGAAAUCCUAUUAUAGGAUUAAUAAAAUAGUAGUUCUCUCUUCUGUUAAAACAAAUUGUCCAGUGGCUUAAGAGGUGGUUCUGUUUCUUUUUCUUGUUGUUGAUACUGUGUGUGG